AGCUUGUUAGAUAUAUGAGAUAAGCUUGCGAGUAUGGGAAUACCGUGUCUUGAGCCCUGAAAAGAAACAGACGCUCACAUCGCAUGAAAAGCCCCAUUUCUCAUUAUUUUCCAAGCAAUACAACAAUACAAGGUUCACUGAAGAUCCCUACAGUAAUACUCAAGACCUCAAUACUUCCUUGUACUGUUGUGCACAUACGAGAUGUCCUUAGCAAAGCUGGAUCUGUCAGUGGCCCUCAAGCUGGCCUUCGUGGAGGACUCGCUUGCCAAAGUGGAGCAGUACAGGCAUCAGUUGCAGGAGAAUUCUCAAAAGGUCAAGGAGGAGAUACAUGAGGUGGUGGACCGCCAGGUUGGAUCACUGCGCAUGAGGGAGAGGCAGCUAGUGAGGCAGGUAGAGGUUGUUACGGCCCAUGAGACUUGCCGCCUUGGCACCCAGCAGGCCCGGUUGAUGCACAGCAAAGGCGCCCUCACAGCUACUUCAGAUUUGCUGGACCGUUGUGCCAAUUUGGAAUCAAGCACACUGGCUAAGAUUAAAGUGGAUGAGAUGUUCUCUUCACAAGAAGUCCAACCUGCAAAGCGUGUUUCAGUGCAGCUGGAUGAAACUGGCCUUACUUCAGCAAUAUCUCAGUUUGGUUCUGUUCAGCUGCCUGACUCCAUCACCCACCAUCCCUCUCCUGUCAUUCCAGUGAAGGUUGAGGAGUAUGAGGAUGAAGAACAUGAUGUGCUGCACAAAAGUGUCGCCUGUGCUGCCUCAGAGCCCAGCGCCCCCAUGCACAUCACAGUCCAAUUCCCUCGUCUUGCCAACCACAGCUGGCUCUUUAAGCAGAAUGGCAGCUCUUCCUGUGCCCUCACUCCUCCCAAGGCAAUAGUGACCCAAGAGACCAAGUCCAGUGAUAUUGCUGCCUGGCUUGGAGAUUUAAAGCUGUCCACAGCAAUCCCUGAUGAAGAAUCUAGUGUCUAUCAGUGUAGUGAUGGCUUUGACCUGGUGGGAACACCGACAACAUCUGAAGGUUCCAGCAUUGAAAUUGUUCCUCAUAUUCUGGAUAAGGAAUGUUCGUCACCUGGUUCAGCAGUGUGUGAGAUUGAGAAUGUUCAUAAUCUAAUCAAUGACAAGUCACGUUGGCUGAGCAGCAGAACACCAGAGGAAGCAAAUGAAGAAAAAUUGGAUAUCACUUCUGCUUGCAUGGCUAAUGAGACAUGUCAGUCAUUCAAGGACUGUCUGUGUCAAAACAAAUGUCGUGAGAAUGCAUUGGAAAAACUGCAGCAGACCACUGAUUUCAAGGCCAAGACAAGCCGUAAGAGGACCUUUUCUGAGGCUGAGGGCAUCCAUGCUAUCCUUACCCACAUGGCUAAAAUACUAUCCUCUGAAAAUUCUCAGUGGCUGUUAAAGAAACAUGAAGGAGGAGAAUUACCAAGCCCACCAAAGUGUGUCAUGUACAAUUCCCCUGGAGACACUUGGCUGUGUCAGAGUUCUGACUCCCCCACCAAGACUUUUCCUCGAGCUCAGUUGUCUUCCCACUGCAACACUUGGCUGCUGAAACAUCUCAAGAACCAGAAGAAUGCUCAAGAAAAAGAUGAAAAGGAAAAGGAAAAAUGCACUGAUGAGAAAGACAACAGGAUCACCUCAGAAGCCUUAUCAGAGGCACUGAAGAGAGUCUGUGUCGAUCCAGCUAAAAGAAAAUGUGUUGGUGAUGAAAGCAACCACUACUCCUGUCCACCAUCCCUCACCUUCAACGACCAGCCAUGGUUGUUGGCAAGAAAGUGGGAUUCCAAUAAACACAUUUCCAAGGAUCAGUGGCAAGAAAAGGACAAGACCUUGAAACCUCUAUGGCUCUCUUCAUCCAGAGAUUUGAGUCCAGGGAAGGAGGCUAGCAUCUUAGGUGUUCCCAUUAGUUUGCAGGGUUUUGUAUCACCAUUAGAUAGUGAAGCAAACUCUUGGCUACUACAUUGAUACUAUGAAUCACUACUUCCUUCGCAUGUAGUCUUUCUCUCUUUUUUUUUUUCCCCCACAUCCUUCUUUUCUAAAAAUUGGUGAGAAUGCCAUCCCACUCCACAGAAAUUGUGAGGUGUGAACAUUCUGCACCAAUGAAUUAUUGAGGCAUGAGGAAUUGUGGAAAAUCCCAUUUAUUUAAAAUGGAGAACUUAUUUCUCUUUCCCUCUUGACAUUUCUGUUCUUUGUAGCUCUGCUUAUAUGACACUGCAAGCCAUGUCAAGAUUUAUAAUGUAUAUAAUAUAUCUCAUACUAUUAAUGUUUUUCAUAUAUAUAUUACUUAGUUUUUAAUGUUAUCUUUGCUUUUAUAAAAAAUAGUGACAAAAAAUUCAGUGAAACUUUUUUUUGGUGAAUGUCAACACUUAAAUUGUAUAUAUCACCAGACUAAAUCUUAAAGGAAAUUUUAGGGCAACAUUUUAAUAGUUAUUUUGUAUAACAAGCACCAAAGGUCCACUUUUACUGUCAUGUAAUGAGGAAGCUCUUUGUAUUUUAUUACGGGUUGACUCUUGUAUUUCUUUUUUUUUUAACAUUAGGUUAAAAUUUUUGACAAAUUCAUUGAUAUUGCAAUUCUCUCUCUCUCUCUCUCUCUCUCUCUCUCUCUCUCUCUCUCUCUCUCUCUCUCUCUCUCUCUCUCUCUCUCUCUCUCUCUCUCUCUCUCUCUCA